AUUAUACAUUGAUAAGGAAUUCUAGCAAUGACAAUGACCGCCAAGUAUAGGCCAGGGAGAAUUCAAACUCUUAAUGCUGAGCAAGAAAUCAUUCUUAAACAAGUGUGGGCUUACUACUUCAAGUACUUGGGGUUACCAGUUGAAAUCAGCAAUUCAGAUAUAGCUUACAAGGAAAGCUUUAUAGCUUCUACUUCCACUCAACAUUUUGAUGAAUCAACCACCUUGGCACCUUUGGUGAAGGUUAAUACCCGUGCUUCAGUUACAUCCAAGAAAACCAAUAGUUCAAAUAGGAGAAGUAUCUGGAGUGGGAAGAAAAAGAGCGACGAUAGUUCCAUUGCUCCUGGGGGUAAGGCACCUACCUCCUCCCUUCCAUUUAAUUCUAAAAGAAUGGUCCAAAUUCAAACACAGUCUUCUUUUGAAAGAUAUUCUCCUGUUGAAAAAACUCCUGAUGAUUAUUACUAUAUUUAUGCCCACCAUUACAAGGCUGCUUUUGAAUAUACUGACGACUAUGCGAAGCUUUCUCGUAACAACCAGUUAGAACCAGAAUAUGGACAAGGUUAUGAUGACGACGAUGAUGAUUACAGCUCUGAUUAUUCCAUUGAAACAUUUGUAACUGCUGCCACAUCCUUUGAAUCAGAUUACAAACUUAAUGGUAAUACGGCUAAUGGGUCAAUGUAUAAGGUGUAUAACGGUGGAAGAAUUAAAAUCCCUGGAAAAACCCAACUGAAGCGUCACUCCACUAUCAUGUCCAGUAGUAAAGUCAAGCAACCAGCUGAUGACCAAUUUAAGCGUACUAUGAAUAUGCAAUUGACUGUUCGUUCUGAUCCUUCGGUAUUUAAAUGUUUUGGGAGGUAUGAUGCCCAUCAGAUUAUAACGGCUGUCCAUAAAAUGGCUAGACAUGAUUUAUACGACAAUGUUAUGCUUAGAUUUGUGCGGGCAAGAAAAUGGGAUACCGAAAAGGCGAUUGAAAUGAUGUUGAAAUCAAUGGACUGGAGAAUGAAUGAAUUUUCCCCUGAUGAAUGGGUUAUGGAAGGUGAUGCACCUUCAUACUUAAACGGUACUAACCAAGGGUUUGUGCGUGGUUUCACCAAGGAAAAAUCUUGGAUUAAAGGAAGGGAUAAGAAUAAUAAUCCAAUUUUCACCUUCCAGGCCAAAAAACAUUUGACUACUGAUGCCUCAGCAGCACAACAUAAACGCUAUGCUCUUGUGCUGAUUGAAUGGGUUAGAUUGUUCCUUCAGGAUGUUAGUGAAUCCGUUGACAAUUGUACUAUUUUAUUCGAUUUGACAGAUUUCUCGUUAAAGAAUGCCGAUUAUUCGACUAUUAAGUUCCUUGCUGAAUGUCUUGAAGCACAUUAUCCUGAAACUUUAGGUUUCAUUCUUAUCCAUAAUGCACCAUGGAUUUUUUCUACCGUUUGGAAUAUUAUUAAGAAUUGGAUUGAUCCAUAUGUUGCCGCCAAGAUUCAUUUUACAAAGGAUUUGAAUGAUCUUUGUCGAUUCAUUGAUAUUGAGUUGAUCCCUGACUAUUUGGGUGGACAGGAUUCCACCAGAGGUCAUUACCCAAUUCCAAAUGAAGAAGAUGGACAUCCACCUAAACCCAAAGACGCCGAAUAUGCUAGAUUGAAAAGGGAAAGAGAUCAAUUGUAUUGUAGAUUCUAUGAAACUACUAAAAAGUGGAUUGAAUCCACUAAUCCGGCUGUAUCUGAAUUAUAUUUGAAAGACAAGAUAGCCUUGAAUAUCGAGUUGAGUAAAAACUAUAUUAAGUUGGAUCCUUAUAUUAGAAAUCCAAGUAUUUAUGAUCGUGAUGGCACAUUGGCCUUGCGUAUUUGAUUUUGAGAUGUUGUCAAUUAGAGUUUGUUGUAUAAUGAUGUAUGUUAAUCUUUUUAUUUAUAGCAUAAAUAUUAGUUGUGUUUGAUUUGU